AUGAUGUUGCUAAAAACUUCGCAAAUAAGUGGUCAGAAUCUGCAGAUACUCAAAUUCUUGUUCUCAAUCCCAAAUGAUCACGUGAAUGAGCACUUUGAUGAUAAGUAUGUUCGUGAAUUCCAUAGAUUGGAUGACUCAAGUGAUAAUUCUGAGGAACUUGUUACUGCUCGGAUCAUCAUAAAGCUAAUAAAACAUGAAUUUGAGAAGUUUAAUUUGAUCAGGGAUCAGUACAUUACUCCCAACAUGGAACGCUUUACUCAAAUUAGGCACUUAUCGCAGGAGUUACACCCUUACUCUGACACUCCCUGUAGUACUCAAGCAGGGUGUGAUAAGCUUGAGAUGCUUAUGAAUUUGUGUUCCUACAUUAGGGGUGGUACUAGCUUUGCCUACGACAUUUUUGCCACCAUGGUCCACGUGCUUGGCAAUAUGCUUUCUGUUCUUUGCGGUUGUAUUUUCGUCGGACCAGCUCAAGUGUGCUUACUCAAAAACUUCCCAUAUACUUGUCGCAUCCCCUACCCUGCUUUUAGUCAAUUGUUUCAAUCUACUUACGGCGUUUGGGAACUGGUUAAAAUUACUACUAACCUUUGUCGUGUUUAUGGAGGUUUCUUUCUUUUAUACUCAAUAUUACUUUAG